AUGCCAUCCACCACGCGAAGUGCAAGCACGAAGAAGCGUAAGAGCACCGACCUGUCUAGGCAUCCAACUUCCUCAUCCAUUCAGCCCUCUCAGCGCACACUCAAACGCACGUGGCUGAGGUAUGCUGGUCACAUAGAACCAGCUGAAGGCUCGGAUGCGCCGUCCCUGUCCCUCGCCUUGCAGGCUCUCGAUGGCGUGACGGAUGAUGUAUGGGCUUGCAGCGCCUUUGCAGAAGCUCUUCAAUCCUCCUCGCUCACGCUCCAGGAUCAUGUCGCACUCUCUGACAGGAUCUUGACGAGGACUGCAUCGGCUGCAGAUGCGUUUGCAAGAAGAUACGGACAAGGGGACGCUUCCGAUCCGGGCCGGGAGACCGAGGCGCGGCUUUUGGAGUUGAGAAGCAUUGCUGUGCACGCUCAAAGAGCCCUGCUGCUGGCUCCUGUCGCAGACGGCCCGUCCGUUUCCAACGUGCUCAGCGGGAAGAACGAAGACGAGGACGAUCCCUGGGAUGACAACGAAGUCAGUCGAGACACGGUAUUGGAGACCGCGUCGUCUGACGCGGAACCGUUCAACAUGCCAUACUACCUCGAGCGCUCCUUCCUACAGGUUGCAGUCGAUUUAGUGCAGGAUUACAAGCCUCAACGGCUGCUGGACUUGCUGCGCGGCUUGCCGAGGGUGGAGCUGCAGACGAUCAUCACCGAGCGCUAUGAGCUCUUGUCCCUCCUCUUCCUCGCCGCUGCGCUUCACCAAGGCUCGAUCAAAUCCUUGUUUAAUCUAGGUCUUUUGCCCCAUGUGAGGGGAGAGGAGGAGCAAAGCAUCUGGCUCGACUCUUAUCAGGCUUCCACUGUGGUUGAAGAUGUAGUCGACACGACGAACGAGUCGCUGCACCCGGACGGGCCUCGCUCGCUCAGUCGGACAGAGCUGGUCGGAUGGUAUGAGGAGCAAGUGCUGCUCUUGGAAGCACAAGCGAAUAAUGCGAGCUCAGCGCAAGAUCUGCUGGACGUGGCGCUAGCGGCUGUGGGCACUGCUGCGGAUCAGUUGCUGCAGCUGAAGGAAGAGCUUGCGAUGCUUGCAGCGCUCAAUAGUCGUAGCGCGCGUUCGAUCGAUGCUCGAGAAUUCAGUUUAUCCGACCUUCGCGCUGCUCUCGAGAACCCUGAGCGAAGUAGGCAGACGGCUGUGGCAUACUUGGCAUCGGCUACCAGCCCCUCAGAAGCCGACGCGGCCAUGCACGACCUUGUCGUGUUCUUGAUGCGGGCAUCAGGCGCGUCGGGCAUUGCCACCUCCCUCAAAUACCUGGUCUUCGACAUGCUAAGAGCACAAUCGAACACGCCAGGACGCUUCGGCAUGGAUUGUCUUAGAUUGAUUGCUUCCGUAUUGCGUGCCCUGAGCGCUGCAGAUGGUGCGCUGAUCCUGGAUGAGGAAACGAGAGCCCGUCUUGCGCUCGUGUCCAUUUACGGCUCCGAAAGGACAGACGGUUCUGCAAAAGCAGCAUUUUCAGCUAUCGUCGAUGCGGCUGUUCCGGAUGAUUUCUCCAGCAAGAUCGCAGGCGUUCCUGCAGGCACACGCGAAAGUCUGGCGAUCCUGCUGGCUCCGAGACUUCCGGAAACGAUGGCGACAGAAGAGCUCUACAACUCCCUGCCAACCCCUUCUCUCCAGCUAUUGCCUCUCGUAAAAUCCCACGUGCGAGCAUCGAAGACGUUCGCUGCCCGAGGCCUCCGACUAAGCAUCGCGAGCCUGGCGGCCGCUUCUGGCGACGCAGGAGCGCAGCGGAGACUGGUGGUCAGACUCCUGAGAGCUGGAGAUGUCAAGAAAGAGUCACGCAUCUGGGCUCCCUUGAGGCUGGAGUUAGAGGCGAUGGCAGGGCAAGGGGGUUUACUAGAAGCUUUAGGACCUCAUCAGGCCACUGUGGUGGUUCUGGAGGAAGUGCUUCGAAAUGGCGGUGAGUCGUACUAGCUCCAGUGUUCCAAGCGAGCUGCAAGGCUGAUUGUGUGUUUGGCGCGCGAGUCUUGAAGAUGUCUCCACUUUCAAGCUCUUGUUGGCAGACACCUCUGCAACGGCGACACCAUCGUCCGAGGAAGCCGAAGAGCUGGUCUUGCGCGUAUCGCGGGAACUUUAUGACAACACGGAGUCUACGAAUGUUCACCGUGGCGACAUGAAGAUUGCUUACGAGGUCCUUUCUGCUGUUACACCCACUCCACGCAUAUCUGCUGAAAGAGCCUUCAUCGAAGGGACGUCAAAGCUGUGCUCGUACAAUUUGAGCCGAUCUCGCGACGCGCAACUUGAGCAUGCUAGGCACGAACAGGUGACGCCGCUUCAGAUUCGCAUGUCACCAAACAGACAAGAACUCAUUGGUCGCUUGCUAUCGCUCAAUGACGGCGCUUACCAGACAGUCGACAUCAUCAUUGAACUCGCCAGGAAACUUAAUGCCGUCGGCACACCUUCUCGAAGCUCUUGGGGCGGAGCUACCGACCUUACACAAACUUCGCCCAAGCCAAAGGCUCUAAUUGAUGCUCAGACGCUCGCUUGGAUUAGCAAUGCCGCUGUAGCUGCCGAAGACUUUCGAGCGGCUCGUGCCGCUUGCACUCGAUUAGUAGAGCAGGUGGCGGCUCUGCGAAAGCGCGCCAAUGCAGCCGCUGCGGCUCAUGCAGGCAGCACAGAUUCAUCAAACAUGUCAUUGAGGGAUCCGAAUAGCGUCGCCGCAGUCCUCCCACAAGCUCAAGAAGAGGCGUGGCAAGCCUGCCUUCAAGUCGCUCGGCAUCCCGAUUUUGAGGAUACGUCUGCUAAGCUCGAACUGAUGGCGCACGUGAUCGAAUUGUGUCCACCAGACAAGGUGUCUGGGUUUCUGCGACAGUGGAGAAAUGCAGAGGAGAUGCAUCUCGCCUUCUUGGAAGCAAAUCCAACAUUGCCGGGCGGUACACACGCAUCCAGACGACUAGACCAGGGACAAUUCGGCGCUGCGGCUGUUGCUAGUCGAAUGACUAGUCUUUCAGCUAGCGAUGUGCGAGCCAGAGCAAGCUACGCUGCUGGAUCAAUCUUUAGCGCUGCGCAAGCUGCCCAGGCCGCCAGUGGUGGUUUCAGUGGGCUGUUCAACAGCGCAAGACUUGCGGGUGUGGUCGAUGGGCUUCGAGGAGGUGUUGCGCCCGCGCCGUCUGCUAGUGGGCGCACAGUUCCAGGCGCCGCUUCUUUGGCUAGCCCACCUGCAUCAGGUGGCGGUGGCUUUGGUAGUCGAGCAGCUCAGCUUUUCGACGGUCUGGGCGACGCGCCUAGCGCAAGAAGCUCGAGCCCGGGCGGUACUUCCAUCAGCCUGUCGGGCUACAUGGAUCCUGCAGAGAGAGCUGCUAGGGCUGCCAGAUCUUUCUUUGGUGGGUUCGCCUCUGGUCUGCCCAGCGGUGGUGCACCCGGUCCGCGACCAGAAACAAAUGGGGAUGUUGAGCAUGACGAGAAAAAUUCUGUGCGCAACGUUUCUGCUUCGCAAGGCUUUUCCAUUAGCAGAGGCGCUGCCUGGCUACUCGGAGAGGAGGAAAGAAAUUAA